AUGGCAACGACACUCAUGAAGGUUGAAUUGGAAAGCGAGACUUGUUCGAUAUGCGGUACCACCGGCGAUUUGCUAAGCCCCGAGGAACAUGACGCUGGCUCACCACCUUUACAAGUACCCUUGCGGUCGAUGCUACUGCAGCUUAACAACAACAAGGUCGUCCCUGAAGGCAGGCUGUGCAUGGAAUGCAUUCGUCGCGCUAUAGAAGCAUAUGAAUUUAGUACCGCGCUUAAUACAAAAGCGACACCACCAUUGAGCGAAAAAAUAAGGGCUUUACGUCGGAAGCUACACGAGCUAACACAGAAGAUCGAUGUGUUCAUUGUUGUGGGUGGACCAGGAGUAAACUCUGGUGGGUCUUACAGUGAAGAUGACAUUAUAAUGGUUGAAAGGGAUGCAUUAGCGGCUGCAGCAGCUGCAGACGAUGAAGAUUUAGAGCAAGCGAGAAAUGCUUGUGGUGACACUGUCUAUCAAUGCUCUGUUUGCCCAUUAUCCUUCCAGCGUGCAAGUGAGUAUCGUGCACAUAUUGCCACGCACCCCGGAGGCGCUCGCCACUCCUGCUGGACAUGUGGUGCACAGUUUGCCACACGUACGGCUCUUACUGAGCACUCAGUGCUGCAUGCGGCACAAGAUCUCUCUGGAUCUGCUUGCCGUUUAUGUCAUACUGAGUUUCAGAGCGCGUCGGAGCUGCGCCGGCACGAGGCGGCGUGCGAGGCGCGCUGCCCCGUGUGCGGGGUGCGCUGCUCGUCGCGCUCCACGCUGGCGGCGCACGCGCAGAGCGCCCACUCGAGCGCGCCGCCGUACCUCUGCGCGGCGUGCUUCGCGCGCUUCGGCUCGCGCGAGCUGCUCGCCGCGCACCGGCUGCGCCACCGGCACGCGGACCGCUUCGUGUGCGGCUACGACGCGUGCAUACUGCGCUUCGCCACCAGGAACGACCUGCUGUCGCACAUCCGCAAGAGCCACGGGGGCGCAGGCGCCGACUCGGAGCCCGAGGCGGAGCCGCGGCCGGAGCCCCCGUCGCCGCCGCGGCAGCCCGAGCGCACGCCCUCCGUCGCCUGCCCGCACUGCCCGCGCAAAUUCGGGUCUGUACCAGCCAUGAAGCGUCACCAACGCGUGCAUCGAAAUGAAAUACGCGUAACGCAUGGUGGCCUAGACUGGCAAGUGGAUGGAGAUGGAGAAAUGGAGACAGGUGGAGAGGUGGAAUACUUGGAAAUGGAUGCAUUAGAUGAUGUGGAUUAUAGACCUGAUGAAGAUAAGGACGAUCUGAAC